AUGGCCACCACCAUGAAGAAGGUGGCUGCAGAAGAUGUCAAUGUUACUUUUGAAGACCAACAAAAGAUUAACAAAUUUGCACGGAAUACUAGUAGAAUCACAGAACUGAAGGAAGAAAUAGACGUUAAAAAGAAACAUCUUCAAAAUUUAGAGGAUGCUUGUGAUGAUGUAAUGAUGAUGGAUGAAGAUUCUUUAAUGAUUCCCUACCAAACUGGUAAUGUUUUUAUUAGCCACUCUCAAGAUGAAACUCAAGAAAUGUUGGAAGAAGCUAAGAAAAAUUUGCAAGAUAAAAUUGAAGCAUUAGAAUCCAGAGUUGAAUCAAUCCAACAGGUGUUAGCUGAUUUGAAAGUUCAGUUAUAUGCAAAAUUUGGGAGCAACAUAAACUUUGAAGCAGAUGACAGUUAAAAGUUUUCUAAAUAUGAAUUUUUUAUUUGUUUAAUAAACUUGAACAUUGGUAA